CCUGACUCGCUUACCCUUAGAGUCGGGUAUGGAUACGAGGCGCGCUUCGGAAGUAAAGGCGUAUGGACAUGCACAACAAGCACCAGUUAAUAAGACAGAUGAAAGUAAUAAAGGUGGCAAGAGAAGGCAUCUUGAGGAUAAUGUUGUUGAAAACAACAUGAGAAAUGUGAAGUCUAGGCACUCAAGCUCUAAUUCCAUUAUUAGUGAUAGUUCUUCAUCCAUAAAGAUGGACAGCUUAGCAAACACUAGAUAUCAGAAUGGUGAGAGUGAACUAUCAUCAUCAUCAUCAUCAUCAAGCAGUUCGCCAACUGAAAAAACUUCACCACCACCACCACCACCACCUCCACAGCAAGCUGUGUUAGAAGAGCUUGAAGAUGAUUUGGAAUUGGAACAUACAAGUAAAGUGAAAUGCGAGAUGAAAGGCUUAAAGCCUGCUGAACUUAUGGCACCACCAAUUUUAAACAAGUGCUUUGCUUCUGUACCACGUGAGAAGCCAACCAUAAGGUAUGAAAUUAUUAUGUGUACCAGAAAAAUGAUCAUAAAUCUAAUUAUUCUUACAAAAUGGAAUUGAAGAUUUGUUGUAACUUUAUGAAAUAAUUAUUAAUUGAUCCUUUUUUUUCACUUUUGCAGAUUGAUCUUCACUUCUUUGUAGGCAAAAUCUAGUAAUGUAUAAUAAGAAAAAGUCAUGUACCAAGCUUUUUCUUAUUACCAAGCUUUUUCAUUAUGCCUGUGUAUGUCAUGCAAGUUGAAAUCUGUCAAUGAUGAGAGCUUGGAGAGUGUUGAAUCAACUUCAUCUAAGGAUGCUGCAGAUUCGGUUCCUCCAAUUGGGCGAACUCAAAAGGGGUUGAAGAAAUCACAAGUGUGGCAAAGAAAGUGGAAUUUGUGGGGUCUGAACCUGAUGCAGAAACAGCGAGGCGAUCAGCCAAAAUGCAGUCUUAUUAACGAAGAAGAUAUUUUAGUUGGAGGGAAUGUGGCUGAUCCUACGGUCCCUAACUCUUAGGAGAAUCUGAGGAGAGUGGCUAAUGGUGAAACCAAUGGAUCAGUAAGUCAAAAGCUUAUACGUAGCUAUAGUGUCAGCUGUCGAAAACCCACCUGCAAAAUCGAUGGUUUGUUGAGUAAUCCAAACGCUGGUGGUGAGACCAGAGGCAAUUCGGUUAAGAAAAGAGAAGAUUUUUCAUUGCAGCGUAACAGGAGUGCUCGGUAUUCACCCAAUCACGUCGACAACAAUGGUCUAUUGAGAUUCUACUUAACUCCAUUGAUCUUCACUUCUUUGUAGGCAAAAGCUCGUAAUGUAUAAUAAGAAAAAGUCAUGUACCAAGCUUUUUCUUAUUACCAAGGCUUUUCAGUAUGCCUAUGUAUGUCAUUCAAACUAUCAAGUUCUUUAAUCAUCUUGUUUCGAAAAUUGAUGAUAUGGUUCGAAAUUUUUGGUGGGAUUUUAAAAAAAAGAAUCACGGGAUCCAACUGAAGGCUUGGGACAAGUUGUGCCUUCCUAAAUCCCGUUGUAAAGGAGGAAUCUCUUGAGCACAUGUUCUUCAAUUGCAAUUUGGCUUUUCACCUAUGGCGUUCAUCCUCGUGAGGUAUCUUUUCUGUCUCUGAUACAAAUUACAGAGCAUCCAUUAUCCCUACCUCGUCUCUGCUCCACUUGGUUGAUUGGUGCCCUCCUCCUCAAGACUGGCUCAAACAGAAUUGUGAUGUAAAAGUGGGGAUGGAGCACAUGUGUAUUGCAAUUGUUGCUAGAGACCACCUUAGUGAGGUGGUUUGGGAGAAUACAACAAAAUUGAAUUUUUCAGACGCACUUUGUGGUGAGGAUGUCGUGUUUGCUUGGCUUCGGAGUUGGCAAAGGAUGGAUAAUGGCUACAAGUUUAUUAUUGUGGAAACUAAUUCUAAAAUAGUGAUCAAUUCAAUCAAUGGCGUGAAACCUAGAUGAAAAAUUAGAAACUACUCUUUGUUUUGUAAAAGAAUCAUUCUUUCCUUUGUAGACUAUUUAUUUUGUAAUACUGUCAGAACUUGUAAUUUUAUGACCCAUAAUGUAGUAAAGUGGGUCUUUACACACAACUGGUUUGGUCGUUUAUCUAUAUCGUCCAUUCCUAAGAACAUACUUUGUAAUGACCGCGAGGUCUAAUUUUUUCUAAUCUAUG